AAAAAAGGUUGGCAACACUGGUAUAAACAACAAUAAAAUCAAAAUUCAUGAAAUAAAUUAUUUCACAAUUUUAUUCGCUAAUAUCCAGUGAGUUACAAUGAGUAGCGAUAAUGUAAAGGUUAUAUCGCCUAAUAAAGACAUAAAAAUUGUAAAAUGGAUUGUACAUAAAGGAUCGCAAGUAUCAAACGGAUCAGUUCUAUUGCUAUAUCAUGAAAAUGGCGAUGAAAAGACUCAAGAACGCUUAAAAAAUACAACAUGCGGUACAGUCAAGAGUUUAUUGUAUAAGGAAGGUGAUAAUGUGCCUAAAAGCUCGCCGCUUCUUGAAAUUAAGGAAUGUUUUCAUACUACAAUAUUACUGGAUUUAUGUGCGGAUUGUGGAACUGAUUUGCAACAAAUCGACAUGACAAAAUCGUCAAAAGCAUCCGUACCAAUGAUUCAUUCAAUUCCAGAAUUAAAAGUUUCUGAAGAAUUGGCAAAGAAGCUUGGGCGAGCAGAUACUGACCGAUUAUUGAAUGAUCGUAAAUUGGCUUUACUUGUUGACUUGGAUCAGACAUUAAUCCACACAACAAACGACUCUGUUCCUAAUAAUUUAAAAGAUGUCUAUCAUUUUCAACUUUAUGGACCAAGUUCGCCAUGGUAUCACACAAGGCUACGUCCUGGAACACUAGAAUUUCUUAAAAAAAUUGAACAGAUUUAUGAAUUGCAUAUUUGCACUUUUGGCGCUAGAAAUUAUGCUCACAUGAUCUGUACCUUUUUGGACGAGAAUGGACGUCUAUUUUCACAUCGCAUCUUAUCAAGGGACGAAUGUCUUAAUGCAACAAGCAAAAAAGAUAAUUUAAAGGCUCUAUUCCCAGACGAUUGUGCUGAUUCUAUGGUUUGUAUUAUCGAUGAUCGCGAAGAUGUCUGGAACUAUGCAAAGAACUUAAUUCAAGUCAAACCAUAUCAUUUCUUUCAAAAUACUGGCGACAUUAAUGCUCCACCUAAUCUAGCUAAAAAGGAACUAGAUGGCGAAGGUGUUGAUUUUAAAAAAUACGUAAAACUUCAAAAGGCAAGCAAAUCAAAAGGACAAUCACCAAAGAUUGAUGAAACUGCAAACAAUAACUUCUCUAAUGAUGAAAGCCAAGAUACCUCAAAGUCUAAUGAUCAACAUAUUGAAAAUGAUAAGCAAAAAACUGAAAGCAAUCAGAUUGAAACUAAGGAAGUUAAUGAAAAGAAGCCUGUGGAAACUGACAUUGAAAUGAUAGAGAAAGAAACGGAACUAAAGCCUGCUAAUAAAGAAAUUGAUGAGAAAAAGUUCCCCGAUGUUGAAAUGAAUGAUAAAGGAACUGAAAUGAAGUCAAUCAAUGAGGAGAAAAUUAAUGAUAUUGAUGAAAAGAAGACGACUGACGUAGAAAUGAACGAUAAAGGAACCGAUUUGGCGCCUAAAAGUCUUGAAAAUAAUGAAAAAGAAGACAUCAGUAAAAAGUCUGAAGAUUCUGAUGUGGAAAUGAUGGAAAAAAGUGCUGAUCUCAAGUCCAUCACAGAAGUAGAAAAUAGAAAGGAAGAUUUGAAGAAAUCCGAGACUGACAUUGAAAUGAAGGAAAAUGGCUCAGACAAAGACGACGAUGAAAUGGCUCUGAAAAACAAUGAUGAUGAUAAUUUAAUAGAAGUUCAAGAUCCAGACGAUUAUCUUCUCUACCUCGAGUCAAUUUUACAGAAAAUCCAUGAGCGCUUUUACGAGCAAUACGAUAAAACAAAGGAAAUACCCGACCUGAAAUAUUUGAUCCCACAUCUUAAAUCGGAAGUUCUAAUAGGCGUUAAAAUUGUAUUUUCGGGACUAGUUCCGAAUAAUGUUAAAAUAGAAUACAGUCGACCGUAUUUGAUUGCUAAGAAUUUAGGAGCAACAGUCAUGAAUGAGAUUACAGAUGAAACGACGCAUUUGGUCGCGGCAUCAACUGGAACACAAAAAGUAUUUCAAGCACAAAAGAAUAAAAAAAUUGCUAUUGUAACUCCGGAAUGGCUUUGGACGUGUGCUGAACGAUGGGAGCAUGUCGAAGAAAAGUUAUUUCCAAUAAGUUCAAAUAAGACACUUAAAAUGAGGCAAAUUCCAGCACAUUGUUCGCCCGAGAGAAUAACUGGCGAACAACCAGAAAAAGUUAAAUUCAAUAAUCCAUACCUACAAAUGUCUGAUGAUGAUAUUGCAUCUAUGGAAGCGGAAGUUGAAGACGAUAGUAGCGAUACAGACAGUGAUGAUGAGCGAGAGGAUACACCUGAAGUUGAUCGAGGAUUAAGGAAAAGAAAAAGGUCUGAAUGUGAAAGGCAGGCGUCAUCAAAAUUACUUCAAUCAAUCAACAUUAGUGGAAAGGAUGGAAAUGAAUCGGAUCAAUCAAGUCAGUCUGGCAAAUCAAAGAGCUCAUCAGAAUCAGAGACUCUAGUCGCGAAAUUCAGAAGAGGAGAAAAAGUAUCAGACAUGGAGAACACAAAUGACAGCACACAAAGUUCAGAGGAUGAUGCUGAGUGGAAUGAAAUGGGAGCUGAACUGGAAAAAGGUUUCCUCGAUGAAGAGGAUUAAAAGUGAAUUAAAG